CCGGCGGUUCGCAGACCAACGCCCGCACACCGGCCCGAGGCUGCCGCGGCUCAGCAGACGGUCCCCUGCGCUCGCGCCCCUGCACGCGUCCAGUGCCUCGGACCUUCCAGGAUCGCGCCCCAGGAUCGUUCCGGCGGUCCCCGCGCCCCGCGAUCGUUCCAUCGGCCCUCGCGGCUCUCGCUGCCUCCCCGGCCCGCCGGCCCCCGCGCCCGGCUCGCCGCUCCCCGGCACUCGGGGGGCCCGCCCGCCCUGCACCCUGGAGCACCGGGCUACAAGCCUCUACCACCUCCUCUGGAUCCUCGCGGCCGUGAGCAUCGGCCGCCGCUCCUGUCCGCCCGAAGGAGGGCCUUCCCCGCAGCUGCUGCCCAGGAACUCUGGCGGUGCCACCCCCCCCUUGGGUACCACGGGCACCCCGGGAGCAUGGCCGACGAGGACCUCAUCUUCCGCCUGGAAGGCGUUGGCGGCAGCCAGACCUCCGGGGCUGGCCAUGACGGGGACUCUGACCCAGACAGCGACGACGAGGAAGGCUACUUCAUCUGCCCCCUCACCGACGACCCCGGGGCGCACCAGCGUGGCCGUGACAAGGGCGGUGACCACUGCAGCGACCUAAGGAGGAGCGAGCAGCUCGGCCUCGGCGCCUCCCCGGGGAGCUCCUUCCAUGUCAGGGAAGCGUGGAAGCAUGCCAUCGAGAAGGCCAAGCACAUGCCCGACCCCUGGGCUGAGUUCCACCUGGAGGACAUCGCCACCGAAUACGCCACGCGUCACAGGUACAACGCCGUCACCGGCGAGUGGCUGGAGGACGAGGUUCUCAUCAAGAUGGCCUCUCAGCCCUUCGGCCGUGGAGCGAUGAGGGAGUGCUUCCGGACGAAGAAGCUGUCCAACUUCCUGCACACCCAGCAGUGGAAGGCGGCCUCCAACUACGUGGCCAAGCGUUACAUGGAGCCGGUGGACAGGAACGUGUACUUCGAGGACGUGCGUCUGCAGAUGGAGGCCAAGCUCUGGGGAGAGGAGUAUAAUCGACACAAGCCCCCCAAGCAGGUGGACAUCGUGCAGAUGUGUGUGCUGGAGCUGAAGGAGAGGCCGGGCACGCCCCUCUUCCACCUGGAGCACUACAUCGAGGGCAAGUACACCAAGUACAACUCCAACUCGGGCUUCGUCCGUGAUGACGCGCGCCUGACGCCGCAGGCCUUCAGCCACUUCACCUUUGAGCGUUCCGGCCAUCAGCUGAUCGUGGUGGACAUCCAGGGUGUGGGCGACCUCUACACCGACCCACAGAUCCACACCGAGAAGGGCACUGACUUUGGAGAUGGCAACCUCGGAGUCCGGGGCAUGGCGCUCUUCUUCUACUCCCACGCCUGCAACCGGAUUUGCAAGAGUAUGGGUCUCACUCCCUUCGACCUCUCCCCGCGAGAGCAGGACGCAGUGGACCAGAGCACCAAGCUGCUGCAAUCAGCCAAGACCAUCUUGAGGGGGACAGAGGAAAAGUGUGGGAGCCCCCUAGUGAGGACCCUCUCUGGGAGCCGGCCACCCCUGCUCCUCCGCCUGUCAGAGAACUCUGGAGACGAGAACAUGAGCGACGUGACCUUCGACUCCCUCUCUUCCUCCCCAUCUUCAGCCACGCCUCACAGCCAGAAACUGGACCACCUCCAUUGGCCUGUCUUCAGCGACUUGGACAGCGUGGCUCCCCAAGAUCACGACCAUCCGGACAACCACCGGGACUCCGAGAACAGCGGGGACAGCGGGUACCCCAGUGAGAAGCGGGGUGAGCUGGAUGACCCAGAGCCCCGAGAACGUGGCCAGUCGAACGGCGGCAGCCAGAGGUCCGAGUCGGACGAGGACAGCCUGGGCAGCUGCGGACGGGUCUGUGUGGAGAAGUGGAACCUCCUUAACUCCGCCCGCCUCCACCUGCCCAGGCCUUCCGCCGCGGCCCUGGAAGUGCGCAGGCUCAAUGCUCUGGACCUUGGCAAGAGCAUCGGGAAGUCCAUUCUGGGGAAGGUCCAUCUGGCCAUGGUGCGAUACCACGAGGGCGGGCGCUUCUGUGAGAAGGACGAGGACUGGGACCGGGAGUCGGCCAUCUUCCACUUGGAGCACGCAGCCGACCUGGGCGAGCUGGAGGCCAUCGUGGGCCUGGGACUCCUGUACUCGCAGCUGCCGCACCACAUCCUGGCCGACGUGGCUCUGAAGGAGACGGAAGAAAAUAAAACCAAAGGAUUUGAUUACUUACUGAAGGCGGCUGGAGCUGGUGACAGACAGUCCAUGAUCUUGGUGGCACGAGCUUUUGAUACUGGCCAGAACCUCAGCCCAGACAGGUCCCAGGACUGGCCAGAGGCUCUGCACUGGUACAGCGCGGCCCUGGAGAAGACGGACUGUGACGAGGGCGGAGAGUAUGACGGGAUGCAAGACGAGCCCCGAUACGCGCUGCUGGCCAGGGAGGCCGAGAUGCUGUUUGCGGGUGGCUUCCGGCUGCAGAAGGACCCGCAGAGAUCAGGCGACUUGUACACCCAGGCAGCCGAGGCAGCGAUGGAAGCCUUGAAGGGCCGGCUGGCCAACCAGUACUACCAGAAGGCAGAGGAGGCCUGGGCGCAGAUGGAGGAGUAACUCGCAGGAAGAGCCUGUGGCCAGCCCCCGCACAAGGGCCAGCGGGGAAAGACCCACCAACUCCUCUGGGGUUACGUGGGGGUGUUUUUAGUGUGUGGAACUUCAACGUUUGUACAUCAUUCUUGGACUCAUACACACGUCUUUGCUAUCAGCAAAGACACGUAGCUGUCCCCGAGGGCGGUGUUUUGGGGGUGUGGGGGUUGAAAAGCAGCUGACGAACCGGCGUAUAGGUUUGAGCUUCUGUUGUUUUGUCACAAGAUGCAAGAAAGCGCUUUCGGAAAACAUUAGGACUUCGCUCCCAGCGUUUUCAGGCUGGACUGCGUCUCCGGCCCACAAAGCCCGUGUCCUGAGGCGGAUGAGGAAUGUGUUGCUGCACGUGAACUCUCCGUGGGGUGUGUGCGUCCGCGAAGUGCACAGCCUCCCUCCUCAGCACGUGGAAGCAUGCGUGGCGCUGCUCCAUGCAAGUGAGAUGGUCAACACCCCGCCCUCUUCGGCCCUGGGGAGGCCCGCACACGGACUGUUUCCUCAUGUUUCAGUUCACUUUCCUUCCUGAAAUGCAGCUGGUUUCCUGGGAUACAGCCAAAUCCCAUUUGUAGGCAUGGUUUCCACAGUGGCCUUUUCAAAACCGGCUUGGUGUUUGCACACACCCUUCCCUGCCUCUGAGUGCCCGUCGGCGCCCAAGACCUCCCGGGAAGGACAGUGGCCUGGCGUGGCGCAGCCCUCGCCGCAGCACCCAGCGUGGCUCCGUGGCCCUGGCACGGGACCCCUCGUUCUCUCAGCACUGGCGUCCAGCCCCGUCCUGGCGUCUCGGCUGGGAGCGAGCCUGCUUCUCCUGUCACUCACGUUGGGUGCCUUCAGCAGCAGCACCCCGGGCGUGUCUGCCACGCUGGAGAACGAGGCGGCAGGAACUCACUACAACACUCGGCAAUCCCGGUUCCACCGGCCAGGCGACGGCUGGCUGUACAUAAUGAGCUUUUUCCUCGGAGAUUUCAGCCUGUCCCGGAGCUCGCUCGCCCCGCUGAGCGUGGGAAGCUGCUGGAUGCAGCGUGGACCCGGGAAAGCCUGCGGAGGAUGGUUAAGGCUGUGCCGCUUGGCGGAGCACUUGCCACUGUUUCUGAGGGUUAUUGGGAAGCAGGAAAAAAAAGAUUUCAGCCCUAGCUGGUUUGGCUCAGUGGGUAGAGCAUCUGCCCGCAGACUGAAGAGCCCGGCUUUGGUUCUGGUCACGGGCACAUACCUUGGUUGUAGGCUUGAUCCUUGGCCAGGUCGGGGCAUUUUGGGGAGGCAACCAGUCGAUGUGUUUCUCUCACAUCGAUGUUUCCCUCUCUGUCUCUUUCCCUCCCUUCCACUCUCUAAAAAUCAAUUUAAAAAUAUCCUCAGGUGAGGAUUGAAAAAUAAAAAAAGAAUUCAAUUAAUGUCAGCAUGAUUUCAGUUGGCAUUUCAAAUCGCAAAGAAAACAGACUGUUGUGAUGAACCCCAAGUGACGAAGGAGCUUCUCUUUAUUUGUUUAACACAGUGUGACAUGCAAACCUUUCUGACUGUUCCUGAGAGGGCCUUGCAGCGGCGCCGUGAACCUGUGCGGCUGGUUCCAAAGCCAGAGUGUGUGAAAGGAAAAGCCAGCGGAGCGAGGCCCCGAGCGCCCUUGGGCACCUCUGCUGGCGGCCCCUCGAUUGCCUGUGGGCUUGUCACAGCCAGUUCCCUUCAGAGGCUGGGGCUCAGCAGGUCAAGUAGUAGCUUUUGGUUUUAGACCAGUUGCAUGCAGUUAAAUGUAAGUCCCGAGCAAUUUUCUUGUGGCUUCCCUCUUCCGAGUAAUCAGGCCUCCUUUCAUUCAUGCUCCUUUGUUGUCACUAAUUCAGCCAGCCCCUCCUCUCUCUCUCUUAGACUUCAUUUGCAAAUCAUUUGUUCCCUGAUCACCUCUCUCAGUUCUUGGUUAUGCAUUAGUGCUUUCCUUUAACACUGGGAUCGGCAAACGUUUUCGGAAAGGGCCAGGUAGUAAAUAUUUUAGGCAUGUGCUCUGCAGGGCUCAGCCCUGCUGUGGUAGAGCAGAAGCAGCCAUAGACAAUUCUUAAAUGAAAGGGCGUGGCUGGUGUUCCAAUAAAACUUUAUUUUGAGCCAAAACCGGUUUGGCUCAGUGGAUGGAGCGUCGGCCUGCGGACUGAAAGGUCCCAGGUUCGAUUCCGGUCAAGGGCAUGUACCUCGGUUGCGGGCACAUCCCCAGUAGGGGGUGUGCAGGAGGCAGCUGAUUGAUGAUUCUCUCUCAUUGAUGUUUCUAACUCUCUAUCCCUCUCUGUAAAAAUCAAUAAAAU